AUGUCGGGCGAAGCGUGGUUAUACCUGCUCGCCGUACUAAUAAAUGCCGUCAACCUUUUCCUCCAAGUCUUCUUCACAAUCAUGUACAGCGAUCUGGAAUGUGACUAUAUCAAUCCGAUUGACCUCUGCAACCGCCUCAACACCUACAUCAUCCCUGAAGCUGCCGUUCACGCAUUCCUGACCUUCCUCUUCUUGAUCAAUGGAUACUGGCUAGCAUUGUUGUUGAACCUGCCUCUCCUGGCUUUCAAUGCGAAGAAGAUCCUUGACAACCAACAUCUCCUUGAUGCGACCGAGAUUUUCCGGAAAUUGAAUGUUCACAAGAAGGAAUCAUUCAUCAAGCUGGGCUUCCAUCUUGUCAUGUUCUUUUUCUAUCUCUACAGCAUGAUCGUGGCACUUAUCCGGGACGAGAGCAACUGA